UGCGCAGGCGCAGACGCGAGCGGCCGGCCUCGCGCAGGCGCAGACGUCAGGGAGCGCCGCGCCCCGCCUCAUCUCCGCGACCCGCGAGGCCGCUCAGGUCUCUGCUGUGGCCACCUGAGCCUGCAGGAUGUUUCACGGGAUCCCAGCCACUCCUGGCAUGGGAGCCCCUGGAAACAAGCCGGAGCUGUAUGAGGAGGUGAAGCUGUACAAGAAUGCCCGUGAGCGGGAGAAGUACGACAACAUGGCCGAGCUGUUUGCAGUCGUGAAGACGAUGCAGGCCCUGGAGAAGGCGUACAUCAAGGACUGCGUCACCCCCAACGAGUACACUGCGGCCUGCUCCCGGCUCCUGGUCCAGUACAAAGCUGCCUUCCGGCAGGUUCAGGGCUCAGAAGUCAGCUCCAUUGAUGAAUUCUGCCGCAAGUUCCGUCUGGACUGCCCGCUCGCCAUGGAGAGGAUCAAGGAGGACCGGCCCAUCACCAUCAAGGACGACAAGGGCAACCUCAACCGCUGCAUCGCUGAUGUCGUCUCGCUCUUCAUCACCGUGAUGGACAAGCUGCGCCUGGAGAUCCGCGCCAUGGACGAGAUCCAGCCGGACCUGCGGGAGCUGAUGGAGACCAUGCAUCGCAUGAGCCACCUGCCUCCCGACUUCGAGGGCCGCCAGACGGUCAGCCAGUGGCUGCAGACCCUGAGCGGCAUGUCGGCCUCGGACGAGCUGGACGACUCCCAGGUGCGCCAGAUGCUCUUUGACCUGGAAUCGGCCUACAACGCCUUCAAUCGCUUCCUGCACGCCUGAGCCCAGCCUCCCUGCCCAGAUGUGCAGCCAGGGCACAGCCUUCCUUGUGGUUCCUGCUCGCCCACUGGUCAUCUGUACCCUGCUGUCCACAGCAGCCCCAUCUAGGUGUCUGUCCAUGGUGUCUCGAACCUGGAGCCCCCUCCCCACAAUAAAGAUGCUCUCUGACUCCUGCCGCUGAGGGCAGCUCUCCCCCA